GGCGAAUUUUAUCCAUUCGUUCUUGUCAUUUUUGCUGUGAUGCUUGCUUUUGUGUAAAAACUAGUGUUUUGUUGCGUUAAAAAUGGCUGACACCGGUCUACGUAUGAAUUUUGCUGCAUUGAAGAGGGCAGAUCCAUACGCGCGAGAAAUAAUUGACAGUGCUACCCACGUUGCACUUUAUACAUUUGAAGAGAACGAAUGGGAGAAAACGAACAUCGAAGGAGCUUUGUUUGUGUACAGUAGGAAUGGAGAACCGUAUCACAGUUUGGUGAUUAUGAACAGAUUGAAUACGAACAACCUAAUCGAACCUGUAUCGAAAGGAAUAGAAUUACAACUAAAGGAACCUUUCUUAUUGUAUCGGAACGCCAAGUGUUGUAUUUACGGCAUAUGGUUCUACGAUAAAGACGAGUGCGUUCGAGUGGCGACGAAACUCAAUUCUUUGGUUAAGGAGUCUAUUAAACAAGCACCCGCAGAGAACAUGCCGCAAACGCCUGCGUACAGUUCCACGCCUUCUAACCCUCCGGUGGAUAUUUUCAGCAUGUUGAGCAAGGCGCAGGACGACUUUAAUUCUAACAAGGGUCUCGUGGUGAACAAAAGUGAGGCAUCGUCUGCACGGGCGCCGGAUAUGGCGUCACAGAGCGUGAUGGACUUCUUUGCGAAGGCGGGUGGAGGUGGUGCAGUACAAAUGCCCGCCGUGUCGUCACUGCCGUCGCCGGGAAUUUUCGGACCGCGGCAGCCGGAUUCGCGGGAAGCCCCUGGUUUGCUCCAAAGGCUUAUGAGCAACCCUGCUCACUCCGUCGAACAUAUAGAAAAACAGCAGCGCUCUGUCACACCUCAAGAGGUACAUGCUAAUGGUAACAUCUCUCUCGAUACCUCAUUGAGACAACCUAGUGGGUUCCAGUUGAAGUCUACCCCCAUUGAGAAUAAUAGUCAAUCUCAUAACCAGCAAAGGAUACCGGGCAUUCAGAAGGGUCCGUUGCUAAGUGGGUUAGAUACUAACGGGCCUAUUACAUUGGAAAAUGAAUUAAAUCUUAUGCAUAUGUCUUCUCCUAAGCCAACAUCUCCACCAGCUGCUUAUUUGAACCAAUCACAAGACAUCAGUUAUUUAGAGAAGGGCAUUUUCCCGCUGAAUAAUUCUUUACCGAUGCAGUCUAAGCCAGCAUUAAUGCCUCCAACAAUGUUCACGGCCACUGUAGGAGACGUGCAUCCCUCUCCUGAACCACUGACGAGGAACCAGCUUCUGCAAGCCUUCAAUUACCUACUUAAGCACGACUCUGAUUUUGUCAACAAGCUUCAUGAAGCCUAUGUAAAAUCCUUCUCAGAGAAGACAUUCUCUGUGUCAUAAAAGUUCAUUCUUUCUGACUAGCGACUGUUAUUGCCAGUUGCUGUUGUACAGUUGCUAAUCAAAGUAUAAAGGUUGAGGUAUAUGUAUCACGAUUUAACUAAACAUGGAUUACACCUAUUUGUAAACAUAUACUAAAGUGUGUGUGCAAGUACACAUUAGACCCAGUUGUGGCUACUUUCUGUUCAUUAUUUAAGUGUUUGGUCAUUCUGCAUGUACUUCAACCAUGAAUCCUUUGAAAUAUGUAGAUUCCUAGUUUUGUAGACACUCCUUUGUUUGAACAGACUUCGUAAAUAAGUUUUAACACUUUGACUGUCAUUUAUACCUGUAUAAAGAAUGAAUUUUAGUGACAUGCUUUAAUCUGAGUCAUGUAAAUUAUUUCUUGAAAAGCUAUUUGUGAUAUUUGUAUUGGCUCCUUAGGUUACAGCAAAAUCUUAAAAUUGCAUCUUAACUUUCAUUAUCUAGUUUAGUUUAACUAAGUUAGUUCAUUGCAAUAUUAAAAUAGUUCAGGAAAGGAAGAAUUUCAAUGACAAUACUUAUUUUUCUAAGGUAUUUUAUCUGUAAUGGAUGUUAAAAAGUUUAUUAGAAUAUUUUGUUUGUUGCAAUGGACUUGAGUAAGGACAUCCUUUUGAAGAUAGUUAUUUCUUUGUAAUAAGGACUGCAAAAAUUGCUAUAACUUUACAAAAAGUAUUUGUUACUUCACCUUAGUAGUUUAUGUAUCAGUUCUAGCUUUACUUAUGUGUUUAAAAUUUAGUAGUAAUCUAGGAUGAUCAUAAUCUCGAUAUUUAACUUCUUCAAUUCUGUAAUUAGUUUAAUCUUUUGUAUUACAGGGAAAAUCAGAUUCUUUUUAUAAUUUUAAAGCCAUUUAGCCUGUUUUUAUAUUUCUGAUUCACAUUUUCUCCUUAUAUUCAUAUUGGCCUUGAUAUUUUCAUUUCUGAUUAAGAGUAAAGAGAUUAUUAUUGCCAGUUUGUGAAAUAAAAUAAGUAAUAAGUUCCUGAAACAAAACAGGUUGACAGAUAUUUAAAAAAUCUUUUAUGUUAUGCAAUAUGGACACUUUACCUUUAACCUGUAAUUAUUAUUUCAAAAGUGAAGAUUAACAUUAUGUAUCAAAUGUAUGUAACAUCUGAAAUUCUGUAAGAAUUUCUUUGAGGGAUAACAUCUCCCUAACAUGCCAUUUUAUGGUAUUUUUGACAAUUGGUCAUUAUCUGGCCAUAAACGAAUUUCUUUGGAUAAUUCGUCAAAAAACAAAAUACGAUCCUCAGCUUAUGACAGUUGGUACUUGAUUAUAUUCAUCAUUUCAGUCAUUUUGUGUAUGGGAGCAUUUUAGUUAUCAUUCGACAAAUAAUAAUUCUGGCUUAUCAAAUUAAAUAAUUGUUAAAUUCCGAUGAAUAGCUUGUGUACAAGUCUCAGUGCUCCCAAAAAAAAAACAUGUUAUGUUAAUAGUUUUGUUAUGACAGAAUUAAAACAUUACAUAUUUCGAAUUGCAUCAAAAUAGUCUCAAAUUAAAGAGUUCAUUCACCUAUAA